GCAUGUAGCUUGACCUACAUUUCAACAAAGCUUCAUCAUUCUAAAGGGGAACUUCAAGGGGACACCAUUAUCUACAUCAUAAUACUACAUCGUACAUCGUUUCAGAUCAUGGCAAGCUGGGUUGAAAUCAUCGUCGCGGUAGUGGUCAGCUACGGACUAUGGUUUGUAGUUCCAUCUCUCUGGAGGUUUUACACGUUCUGUCAACUGAUCAAACCGUUUAAAUCCAAAAGAAAAUCGCACUGGCUUUUAGGACACCUCAUACACUUGAGCUUUACGGAAUCCGUUAUUACAUCAGUGGCAGACCUAAUGGAGAAUAACACAAAGAAGAUUAUGGUUGAAUGGAUGAGUGUUGUCCCUAACUUACAAGCAAUACAUCCAGACACCGCCGCUCUUAUAGUUAAGUCAUCAGAACCCAAACCAAAGGGAAGAGGCUCCCCAUACAGUCUAUUUACGGCAUUUCUUGGUGAUGGCUUGGUUACUAGUAAUGGAUCAAAGUGGGAACGGAACCGGAAGUUACUCACACCUGCUUUUCAUUUUGAUAUAUUGCGGCCUUAUGUUAAUAUAUAUAAUGAAGCUGCUGAUAUUUUGGUGGACAAAUUUGCUAAACAAAUGUCAGAAAGUCCCAACAGUGUUGAUAUCAUGGAUUCGUUAAAUUUGGUCACUUUAGAUAUCAUAUUGCGGUGUUCACUGUCUUAUGACGGAAAUAUUCAGAAACAGGAGAAGCAUCCUUACGUCGUGGCAGUACACCAGAUUUCCAGACUUACUAUGGAGCGAAUAAGUGUACCGUGGCAUUUCCUAUUUUGGAGUCUCUACAUGAUGUCUGCUAAUGGAAAAGAGUUCAUGAAACACGUCAAUUACACCUAUAGAUUUGCAGAAGAAAUAAUUGCGAAAAGAAAAAAGGAAAUAGCAGACGAUCCAUCGUUACUUCAGAAAAAACGGAAGUUGGACUUCCUGGAUAUCUUAUUAACAGCUAAAGAUGAAUCCGGAUCCGGACUUACGGACGAGGAAAUUCGUGACGAGGUCAAUACUUUCAUGUUUGGAGGACACGACACAACCAAGACGACUUUGGGAUGGGCCAUUUACAACUUAGGGAAGUACCCGGAGGAGCAAGAAAAACUUUACCAAGAACUGUGUGACGUCACAGGAGACCGAAAGUAUAUUGAAUGGGAAGAUCUUGGUAAGCUACAGAAGAUGUCGAUGGUUUUGAAGGAGACUUUAAGAUUAUAUCCACCGGGACCGUCAACUUCCCGAUGCUUAACGAAACCGCUCGAAAUAGAGGGAGUGACAUUGCCUGUUGGAACUUCGAUUAUGGUCAACUUUAUGUGUAUUCACCUUCGUCCUGAUAUCUUCCCAAAUCCUACAGAAUUUCGUCCAGAAAGGUUUCUUCCAGAAAAUACAGAAAAAAGACAUCCUUACGCCUUUCUUCCAUUCUCAGCUGGACCAAGAAAUUGCAUUGGUCAAAACUUCGCAAUGAACGAACAGAAAGUAUUGUUGGCUAGGAUACUUAAACGGUUCAAGAUUGUAUUGGAUGAAGGUCACGAGGUCAUUCCUGUCCCAUUCCUUUUUAUCCAACCCCAGAACGGCAUCAAAGUCCGUUUUGAAGAGAGAUGAGAGCCAAAUAUUUCUAUAUUUCUUUAUAAAUAAAAGGCUCCUUAUA